AUGCCGGCUAGCACCACCGAAGUGUCGCAUUCGAUAGACGACACAAACCAAUACACGAUCCUGGACGAGCUUGACAUACCAUUGCGAUUAUCAGCCGUGCCAGGCAUCGUCCCUAGUAGCGGGGAACGGAUUUGGAAAAGAGAUAUCGGUAACAACACAAGGGUCAGGACCGAAGCACCCAGCAACCCAAGCGCCCCAGACAAUGCCACGCAAGUCCAGCAAACGACAGCCAAAGAUCAAUUUACAGCUCUCGCGGAAAUCAUCCUGUUCCCAAGGACUUGCGAAAUCGAUCAGCAGUACCAAGUCCUCGCGAUGGCCGAAAUGUUCCUAAACGUCGGUGUCGUUCAAGCUGAUCUGGAAGGGGGCAUACGCCGGAGCUCGUUCAUGUGGGGCGAAGAUGUUCCGGGCAAAGAGUAUAUAACCACAUGGAUGCCAGACCAGAGGCGGCAGACUGCGGGCGGUGCAUGCGCGUACGGGUAG